AUGGCCCCUGUUGGACAGAAUACAUUGGCUAAGACCGUGAAGAGAUUGUGUAAAGCAGCAGGUUUGCCUGGAAUAACCUUUGAUAUGGGAGAUAUUUGGGCUAAUCAAGCUAGGGUGUCAGGUUUCUAUACCAACCAUUCUCCUCGAGCUACAUGUGCAACACGGUUAUUUCGAUGUGGUGUUGGUGAACAAUUGAUCGCAAAAACCACAGGUCACAGAAGUAACGCCAUUCGUCAGUAUAAACGAACAGAUACGAUACAAGAUGCAAUAGUUAGUAAAGUGAUUCAGAUGAAUAUGCCAUCUACAUAUCUAAACGCCAAUUAG